AUGGCUGAUGAGCAACUCACCAAUGGUAAUGGCAAUGCCGAGGUGCCUGCAGCCAAUCUCGACGCUGAUGUUGAAAUGAAAGAGGAAGCGCCGAUCGAGGCACCACCACUCGACAACAUCCAGCAAGCCGAUCCCACCGAUCCCAACCCUCCGCCACAAGCGCCUUCAGAUGCUCCAGCACCUCCAGWUGCUCCAGCUCCAGCGCCAGUGCCCGUUCGCGCUCCCUCUCAAGAGACGAUUCCUGCGCCUGCUCCUGCUCCUGCCCCGGCUCCCGUGCCGGCUUCGAUCCCCGAGCAUCUAUCAACGAUUGCACCUGCCAUCGCAACCCCACCAGGAGGUGCUACUACUCGACCCAAUUCAAUGCCUCCACAGCCUCCUGCGCGUCCAGACAAACCUGUUGCGCAUGGUGGCCCAACACGUCAAUAUCUCAACUCAAAGGUUACGCCGCAUCUGCUGGAAGGAAUGAAGCACUUGGCCAUGUAUGAGCCGGAGAAGCCUUUGGAAUGGCUUGCCGACUUCUYGAAGCAGAGGAGUGCGGAGGUGGAGGGUUAG